CACGUAUACCCAGGUCUUUUUGCCAUAUCUAAAGAAUAAUGGAUUUGUAGGAGGAUUUUUAUUCUCAGUUUCGUAUAAGAAUGUAAAUGGCGGGAAUCCUUGGCGCCAUUUUCACCCUAGCUCGCUGUCAAUGGCGGUCGCAUCUUUAUAUUUCCCCACCAAAUGCUUCCCUCGGGGCCCAAACCCUACACAACCGAGGGUUUCUGCAAGUUCGCAUCGUCCGUUCCGCGUUCUCAAACUGAAAAUGGCACAAUCGGCUGAAAAUCAAGCUCAUAGUUCCGAGACCAGCGAACCAUCAACAAAAGUACGGAAGCUACACCACAAUGGUGUUCCUGAGAAGAAACCGCACGAACACGCCUCGUUUCUGAGGGUGAAGAAGCUAUCUGAGAAAGCCACUCUGCCUUCGAGGGGAUCUCCACUUUCAGCAGGCUACGAUCUCUCCAGCGCGACGGAGACCACAGUGCCUGCUAGAGGCAAAAUCCUGAUACCGACUGAUCUAAGCAUCGCCAUUCCCGAAGGAACUUACGCUCGUGUUGCGCCUCGAUCCGGAUUGACUUUGAAGCACUCAAUUGACGUGGGGGCAGGGGUGAUCGACGCGGAUUACAGGGGCCAAAUUGGGGUGAUUCUGUUCAACCAUUCGGAUGUGGACUUUGAAGUGAAGGUCGGCGACAGGAUCGCUCAAUUGAUCCUCGAGAAAAUCGAGACACCUGAGGUAACCGAGGUUGAUGAUCUAGAUUCAACUGCCAGGGGAUCUGGAGGGUUUGGAUCCACAGGCAUUUGAAUCUAGGGUUAAUAUGUUGGAUGGGUUUGGUAAACAUUCUGUUGGCAAAUGGCUAAGUUCCUUGGGCUAUAUUAGCGCAAACUCGUUUGGUUCUUGAAUCUUGAUUCAGAUGUUUCUGUAUGCAUUUUGGUGAGCUGUUUGUGUAGAGAUUACUGGGCAAACAGCAGAUUAUGUUCGAUUGUGAGAAAUGAGAUCACAAAAGCAAAAUUAAAUUAAACAAGAAAAAUUAAUUUUUAAAUUUACCGCCGCCGUCUGUGGGAAUCGAACCCACGACCACAUGGUUAAAAGCCAUGCGCUCUACCGGCUGAGCUAAGACGGCUUCGAUGUAUUAUUUUAAAUUUUAACAUUAUAUCCAAAAAAUAAUAUCCGUUGCACGUGGGGUUUCGAGAUAGUUCCAAACUUCCAACUCUCUGUUGCUAGGGUUUCGAGAUAGUUCUCAAGUCUCAACCAUCUGUUGCCCUUAGGGCUUCGACUUGGCCCGAGCCAAAUUGCUGAUGGUAACGUUGAGAUGAUGAUGGUUAUUCUGUAAAGGCAGUUAGCAUCAGCCAUUUCAUACUUCACACCAAAGUCGAUCCACAUUAGAGAUAUGGCUGUUGCUUCCUACGCGUGAUCUGCUCUGCUGGAGUUCAUCUGACCGACGGUCUCCGAAAUAUGGCUGUCUAAGGCCGUA